UUCCCUUUUCUUUAUUUUUCCCGCAUCCCGCCUCGCCGCGCUGCCGGCCGGGCGCGAUGCUGCACGUGGAGAUGCUGCUGCUGGCGGCCGCGGCGCUGUGGGUGUGCGUGCGCGGACAGGAGCCCGGCGCCAAGGCGGUGGCCGACCGCUACGCCGUGUACUGGAACAGCUCCAACCCCAGAUUUCAGCGAGGCGACUACCACAUUGAUGUCUGCAUCAAUGACUACUUGGAUGUGUUCUGCCCUCACUAUGAAGACUCGGUACCAGAAGAUAAGACCGAACGCUAUGUUCUAUACAUGGUGAACUUUGAUGGCUACAGCUCCUGUGAUCACACUUCCAAAGGGUUCAAGAGGUGGGAGUGUAAUCGGCCACAUUCCCCAAAUGGACCAUUGAAGUUCUCGGAAAAGUUCCAGCUCUUCACGCCCUUCUCACUGGGAUUUGAGUUCAGGCCAGGCCGGGAAUAUUUCUACAUCUCUUCUGUGAUCCCAGAUAAUGGAAGGAGAUCCUGCCUAAAGCUUAAGGUGUUUGUGCGACCAGCAAACAGCUGUAUGAAAACUAUAGGUGUUCAUGAUCGUGUUUUCGAUGUUAACGACAAAGUAGAAAAUUCAUUAGAACCAGCAGAUGAUACCGUACAUGAGUCAGCUGAGCCAUCCCGUGGGGAGAACGCAGCACAGACACCAAGGAUACCCAGCCAGCUUUUGGCAACUCUGUUGUUCCUCCUGGCAAUGCUUUUGAUAUUAUAGCACAGUAUGCUCCGGCAACCUGUCACAGAAAAUACCAGGGUCUUCAAACAUCAAAGAUCCACCUAACUGCUCAUCCCAGGAAAGGGACUUCAUUGUUUUUGCAGAUGUCAAAUUGUUAUUUUUCCCUUUUCUUCUCCCUUUUAGCCUAAACUCAGCAAAAAUUUGAAGGGGAUAACUAGCUUCAGCACCCACCCCUACCUACCCUGUGACUUUCUUAACCCCUCCAUAUAAAUAAAAGGACUCCAAAUGAAAAUGCCAAACUAUAAUAGUGACACUAGUGAUUCUUACUUUCUUCUGCAUUCUCCUUUAAGAAGUCACCUCUGUUAGCUCACUGUGUCAUCCAUAUAUGGACAAGAAAGUGUAGUGGCAGAUGCAGUCAGUGAGGGGUAAGGAAAGAGAGUGAAAGCCUGGGAGAGUCUUUCUCUGUGAUACAAUAUUUAUGCCUUCUAGUUCAGCACUGUAAGAUGGUCAUGCAUGUGUCACCAUGUCAGGACUGGAUGGGAGAUAUUAAGAAUAGACAUAACACCAUUUCCUCCAGAAAUGAACAGGCUUCUGAAAGGGGAAGAUGAUAUUUCUUGUGGGUCUCUUGAAAAAUCUUUGAGAGUAAAACUUUUGCUCACAAGUAGAAAUGCUGUCUUUGGUGAGAGGAAAAAGUUAGUAUUUAGGAAUGUUAGCACACAGCAGGCAAGAUCGGAUUUAGGAAACUUCACUGGGGGUGUGAGUGCCUCUGUUAUUUCGUUUUAAGGGGAUAAUGCACACCGGCUUAUUUUAUUUUAAAACAAAUCACCGUGGUGCUAAAAUUUUUUUCUUGAAAUGCAGAGGCACUUUUGAGAAUAAAGUGACCUUCCCCAGUGCUGACUUAGUAGCUGAUAGCCUUGGAUGCUGCUCUGGGUGUUAAUACAUGCUAAAAGAGGACAUCGGUGCCAGGAGGAAACAUGUUUGGGACAUAGGAUCUCCAGUGUUGUCUUGAUUUGUCUCUCCUGUAAGUUCCUCAAUCAUGGGAAUAAAUCACAUGUAGAAGAAGCCAGGGCAGUCUAAUAGCAUUGUUUGGUGGGGGAAAAGAAAAGUGUGGAAUAUAAAUUCAAUGUUGAUUUUUUAUCUUUUCCCCUUCCAGCACAGUGUGAAGAGUAGAGGAAACGUAUUUAUCAGCCGGCGAUAAACUAGAUGGGCUCCCAAAGACUUAACAAAAUAUUUUUUUAAAAAUCCACUAGAAUGGAAAACACAUUAUUUAGAUAUACUUUAUGCUGAGAGUGAGUAUAUAUACUUGUUCUAUUUAAACGUGAGAGAAGUGGUAACCCUUGAUGAAAUUAGGAGUGACCCUGUUUAAGGAAUCUGAGCCUUGACUAACAAAACUUUAAAAAGUAAUUUGCCAGGAAGUGCAAGCCUUGGGUUAUUUUUUGGCUAGGCUGCCAUGAAAUUCAGACUGCUAAGCAUAAUCAGUGAAACUUCAGACCCAGACUGAAACAGAGCUUUUCUGACAAAAGCUGUGGUAAUUAUCGUGAAACAAAACAUGGAGCAUAUUCAAGCAAAACAAGAUUUUUCUAUAUUAAUUAUGAAGAAAAUUUCUGCCAUAACAAAAUUGAGUGAUGCCAUUAGUGGACACUAUUUUAUAGACUUUAUAUUUUUAAAUGAAGAAAGGCCUUCCAGAAGUUGAGGCAGGAGAGGGGAAAAUAAAUUUGAUAUGUAAAGGGAGGUUUUAUGCAUGCUGAGCUAUGACCUGGGCUUGCCUGAUACCAUACAUGUUCAUGAAUACAGGACCUACAGGAGGAAUGCAGGAAAUUCACUUUAGUGUGAAGUGCACAGAAUAAAGAUACACAGUCCAAACAGUGAGGGAAGUCAUCAUCUUAUUACAGGCUGUACGGUACUUUGCUCUCUUUAAGGUGUAUAUAUUUGAUACACUAAUACUUUCUGUAGGUAGGAAUUAAAAAGCUUUGGAUGAGGUGAGCUUAAUCAGAAUGCACCUUAUCAAAUUGUUAACCAGCGUACAGAUAAUAUUGCAUGAUGUGUAACCAUAUUAAAAUGAUUUACAGAAAUUGCAGGCAGUCACACAGGUAGUGCAGAUUUGAUGUAGAAAUGGUGACAUUUGUCAUCCUUUGUCUUUGAAUGGCGUUGAAGACAUCCAUUUACCCACAGCAAAGGAUUGUCACUAGUGUUACUCUUGGUGAAAUUCAACCCUUCAUGUUGUCCCAGAGCCUUGCUGCAUAUGUGAGGGACAACACAAGUGAUGAUCCCUGGGCUGCCCAGCAUGGCUGGAAGGAGCAUUCCAGGCACUGCCAGUUUCAUACUUGAUGGCAUUAGGCAAUCCCAGUCAUACCAAAUACAUAAAUGUUAGUGGGUUAGUGUUGCAAACCUCUGGAUGCUUUAAGUGCAGAUGUUGCUGAAAAUCAAGGAGUUUGUUGCUCCCUUACUCUUCAUCUGCCCCUGCUCAAGUCUGAGGUACUGAUUCUCCCCAGCCAUAGUGGGUUACUUGCACCCAUGACCUGCACUCCUGGCUGCCAAGGGCAUUGCAAUGUGAAGCAGGCGAAAUAGGGAUCAGUCAGUUUAGUGGAUACUGUGUAUCCUUCAAUAGAAAAGGUAACAUUUCAUGUUAGUUUAGAAUAUUGUUUUGUACUGUACUUACCUGGAUGGCGAAGGAAAGACAAGUAAAACUUAAAGCUACAUUCUUUAAAUUCUGUAUUAUUAGCAACCUCUGUUGUAUAUAGUGUUUGAUAAUAAAGUAUUAAUUUGAUUCUUAUGUCUUUUGUAAGUGAGAACAAUAGGCUUUCAGGAUAUUAAAAUCACGUGUUGAUAACAAGAUUUCCAGGAGUUUUGAAGCAUCAAGUGUGAUCAUGGCUGAGAACUGAGAGACAAGUGGCCAUGACACUGCAGCAUACAGGACUCAUAUUCAAAAAUCGUUCAUCUGUUGCAAGACUUCACAAUGUCAAGACCUGGAACAUGACUUUUGAUGAUCAAAGUUUUAUCCUCCGUGUGUAAAGGUCUUAUGUUGGAGCCCUGUGGUUUUUGUGUUAGUUUUGUUCUUUUGUAUCAUGUUUGUUUCUAAAAAGGCUUUGGGGAUAUAACAACUUUUCUGUUAUUUUGUUUGUUUGUUUCUUUUUAAUUAGGUUUUUUUUUCCUCCUCUUUUCCUUCUGGAUUUGUUCCCAUGAAUAGUUUUUUCCAGAAGGGAUCUUACCAGUGUCAUGUGCGAUAUAUGUAUGUACUUGGUUCCAAAAGAACUAGAAGCAAAUUUGGGAAGUACUGAGAGUAGUUGAGUGCAUUGUUUCCUUUCCUCCAUAAUUAUGAAAGGAAAAUGGUAGUGUUUGUACCUGUUGAUUCCCACCUCUAGCCCUCAAAACUGAACUUAAUCCAUUGCCUAAUGAGUGCAAUGGUUCAGCCACUUUCAGAGGUUUAGAGUAUUAACUCUUACCCUCUUUUCAUUACACUUGGAUUUUGUAAUCACCAGUUUUAAUGUACAACCCUCCACACUUCUCUUCCCUCUUCCUGCCCUGCCUCCUCUCCCACCCUCCUCCUCUUUUAAUUUGAAACUGUGAAUGGGCAGAUCUGCUUCUGGUCUGGCAUCACUGAGUUUUUCCCAUGCAUUCGCCCUCGAGCUUCUCAGAUGUGAGACAAAUCUCCCUACAAUAGGCUUGCUGCCAUUGUCUGUACAGUUUAAUAUAUGCUGGCAUGUUGGAGGUUACCCAUGAGUCUGCGAAAAUCCACUUACCAUGCUUACUCUUGACACCCCAUUGAAGACAUUCAUUGUGUAUGCAUCUGGGUAUGAAAGUCAGCUCAGUGUGAUCCUGUGCUUGUACUGCCCUGCUUUGCAGUUUCUUUGCACUUACUCAUUGAGUGCUGUUUUUGAAAUGCUUACAUUAUAUAAACUUAAAACGUUUAAAAAAAAAAAUCCACCCAAACACCUUGCCCCAUAAGAUCUGUAUUUGUAUAUACAUGUGUCCGUACAAUUAUACUUAAAUAAAAUUAAAGAUUUUCAUCAUUUUAA